AUGGCUUCUACUACGGACCCCCUUAUGCAAGAGGUUGAGCAGGCGUGCCAGGACAUUGCCGGUUCUUCGACAUCGAAAGAAUUGCGGGCGAGUUUGUCAAACAUCAAGAUUGUUAAGGUUGUCCCGGUAGAGGUGGAGUCGACGGGAAAGAAGGCAUUGAUUGUGGUGGUGCCCUACACUCAGUACAAGAACCAGAUUAAGCCGAACCAGGGUCGAUGCAUCACGGAGUUGGAGAAGAAAACCAAGCGUCAUGUUUGUAUCGUUGCUCUCCGAACCAUGCUGAAACCCAAGUCUCUACAAGUUGGCAUGGCUCACCGCCCUUACUCUCGCUCUCUUACCGCCGUCCAGACAGCACUACUCGACGACAUCUCCGGCCCAGCUGAAAUCUGCGGCAAGAGAACUCGUAUUGGCGUCGACGGAAAACAGUGCCUCAAAAUCUACCUCGACCCCAAGGACAAAGCUAAGGACAACAUCGAAGAAAAACUAGCCACCUAUGGUGCCGUCUAUCAGGCCAUCACCCACAAACCCUGCGUUUUUGAGUUUGCCGAUUACACGCUCUAA